AUGCGCCCGUGUCUAACAAUUGAGGAGCGUGAGGUGGUUGAACUUGCAUUUCGCCAAGGCCUGAUCCAUAUCCUUGUUGCGACUUCCACCCUCAGCUCAGGCGUCAAUCUACCGGCCCGUCGUGUUAUAGUGCGUACACCAGUAUUUCAUGCCGGUCAUAUGAUCGAAUACCUAACUUACAAGCAGAUGGCGGGUCGGGCCGGAAGAAAGGGCGUAGAUGUUCGAGGUGAGCAGGUGAUAUCACUUUUAUUCAUUCAGAAUGCGGCUAUCUCUUGA